GCGUACGGCGAGCGCCUCUGCGGCAAGAAGGACGGCGUCCCGCGCACCAUCGCCACGGGCGAGUUCGUGCGCGGAGGCAUCAUCCCGUCGUCGCUGGCUUUCAUCUACACCACCGGCUGGAUCGGCUGGGCCGGACGCAGCUACCUGCGCCGCACGCUGGACACGAAGAAGGAGAUCAUGAUCGACGUGCCCCUGGCGCUCACCUGCAUGGCCAGCGGCUUCGCGUGGCCCGUGUACGCGUGGCAGGAGAUCGUCAACGGAGAGAUGGUCGCCAAGGACGAGGACAUCCACCGGUCCUUCUUCUGA